AUGGGAGUGAGAGUCACCUGCCUCCGACCCCAGCUCUGCCCCGCCACCCCGACUGGAGCCACAAAGCUGGGUGGCUCGCCCACGGGGUCUCCCCGCGGGCCACAGCGAACCGCACCGGGAUGGUCAGAGUACACUCUUGGCGCGGUGGUCAGCGUGGCUCGCCCAGGGUGGACGGCAUCCUCGGGAUGGGCCGCUCGCUACUGGCCCGUCUGCUCGGCCGUGCCCUGGCCGUGCCCGGCAACCUGGCUGCCUGCUCCGCUGGGCGUGGGCCUCUACCCAUUGUGCCCCCAGGCCUCGCUGCGGGGGCUGCGCGGGGCUCACUUCUGCGUGCUCCCAGGCCUCGGCGCCACAGGCGUGGAGCUGGCCCACUGCCCAGCCCUCUGGGACCCCCCAGCGUGGUCCACAGCCCAGGACCUUCAUGACACCGAUCCACCAAAGAGGGUUAGAACCAUGUUCAACUUGGAGCAGCUGAUGGAGUUGGAGAAAGUGUUUGCCACACAGCACAAUCUGGUGGGGAAGAAGAGAGCCCAGCUGGCUGCCCGGCUCAACCUUACGGAGAACCAGGUGAGGGUCUGGUUCCAGAACCGGAGGGUGAAGUAUCAGAAGCAGCAGAGGCUGAACCUGUCCGCCCCAGACGAGCCCUUGGAAGGCCUGCCAUCAUCACGGAGUGAAGGCGCCACGUCAGGAGAGGACCCGGGAGAACUGGGCAGAGACUCUGUGGAGUGUGCCUGAGCCAGUUCCCCCUAGAGGCAACCACUGGACCUCCCCAUCCCACACAUGUGGGUCUCCCCAAAGAGCCUCUCCACUCGCCAAGGGCACCGGGCUAUCCGGGGGGGCCCCCAUAGACUGAGAAGGCUAGCGUGACACAGCUGGCAGAGGGGGGGAUGUGGACCUUCUGCCCCGUGUCCUUCGCCAUGGUACGGACCUGCAUUCUUCUCUGUGUGGUGUGUGUGCGAUGUGUCUCACGGGGCUGAAGCCAUGUCUGUGACGUACUGAAAACGUGCCAGGCCCAGAGCUUAGUGCACAGUGACAGGGUCUUUACAGACCUGCCUCCCCAACCAGCUGGCCACAGGGCUUGGGCUUUUCCUGGGCUGGCUGUGGGUUCGGGGCCUUCUGCAAUCAGUGUUUGAGCAAAGUCCUUUCCUGACAAGGGCUGGUGGAGUUAAGAGCAGGG